UUCAGCGCGCCGCUCUCCAUCGAUUGACGAGAGUCAGCAGCUCACGCGGACUGUCUCUGGGAGUGCUGAAUCGAAGAUCCUUUCUGGCGUGUCUACCGACAGAAACCGGCUGCUUUAUUUCACUUGGAACGGAGACUCACAUUGAACCUUUGAGAGGGGACGCUUAACUCGUUUCACGGGGUGACCUUAACACCGGGUUUUGGGCGGACACUCACGUAGACUGCGCUGCACAAAUCUCACAGUAGUAAAAAUCCAAGACCCACGAUGGACCCGAGAGACACUGCCCCUGAUUCCUGGGAACAAGAGGACGAUGUGGAGGCCACAGUCGACGGGCAACUUGGAACCGCAUUCACAUCCCUAAAUGUGAAUGCCAAACCGUUUGUCCCCAACGUAAAUGCCGCUGAAUUUGUUCCGGCCUUCCUCAUGAAAGCGCCUUCGGAAAAUCUUGAUUCCGGCGUUGCCGUUGAAACGAUAUCCACCAUGGAGGUCUCGGAAACUGCUGCUCCUGUGGAGAACGGUGACACAGAGAUGACCACAGAGGAGACGUGGGACCAGAAAGGCUCAGAACCAAAUGAGGCAGAACCAGGAGGCGGGGACCGAGGGCCGGCGAUGGGGGCCACGGUGGAGGAGGCGGCACCAGAGAUGAUGGAAGAGGAAGAGGAAGUGCCAAUGCCCAAGGUGGCGCCCGCUCAGCCAGAUGCCCCGAAGAAGGAACACGUUAAUGUCGUGUUCAUCGGCCAUGUAGACGCUGGCAAGUCCACCAUUGGAGGACAAAUUAUGUAUCUAACAGGCAUGGUAGAGAAGAGAACUUUAGAGAAGUACGAGAGGGAAGCCAAGGAGAAGAACAGGGAAACCUGGUAUCUGUCUUGGGCUUUGGACACCAACCAAGAGGAGAGGGACAAGGGCAAGACAGUGGAGGUGGGCCGAGCAUACUUUGAGACAGAGAAAAAGCACUUUACCAUCCUGGACGCUCCAGGCCACAAAAGCUUUGUACCCAACAUGAUCGGCGGUGCAUCGCAAGCUGACUUGGCUGUACUGGUCAUCUCUGCCAGGAAAGGGGAGUUUGAGACCGGUUUUGAGAAGGGUGGGCAGACACGGGAGCAUGCCAUGUUGGCCAAAACAGCCGGCGUCAAGCACCUGAUUGUUCUGGUGAAUAAAAUGGAUGAUCCUACAGUCAACUGGAGCCUGGAGAGGUAUGAAGAAUGUAAGGAGAAACUAGUGCCAUUUUUGAAGAAGGUGGGCUUCAACCCUAAGAAAGACAUCCACUUCAUGCCGUGCUCUGGGCUGACGGGAGCCAACCUGAAGGAGCCUGCUGAGCUCUGCACUUGGUAUACAGGGUUACCAUUCAUUCCACAUCUGGACAGUUUGCCAAAUUUCAACAGAUCAAGUGACGGCCCUGUCAGAUUACCCAUUGUAGACAAAUACAAGGACAUGGGCACUGUGAUUCUGGGCAAACUGGAGUCAGGCUCCAUCAGCAAAGCACAGCAGCUGGUCAUGAUGCCAAACAGGCACGUGGUGGAGGUGCUGAGCCUGCUGUCAGAUGACGUGGAGACCGAUGAUGCUGGGCCUGGGGAAAACCUCAAGCUGCGGCUUAAGGGCAUUGAGGAGGAGGAGAUCUUGCCCGGCUUUAUCCUGUGUAACGCUGAGAACCUGUGCCACUCGGGGCGCACCUUUGACGCCCAGAUUGUCAUCAUUGAACAUAAGUCUAUCAUCUGCCCGGGUUACAAUGCAGUCCUUCACAUUCACACCUGCAUUGAAGAAGUGCAAAUUACGGCCUUAAUCUGUCUGGUAGACAAAAAGACAGGAGAGAAGAGCAAGACACGACCACGAUUUGUCAAACAGGACCAAGUCUGCAUUGCCCGUCUGCGCACUGCAGGAACCAUCUGCCUUGAGACCUUUAAAGAGUUUCCUCAGAUGGGACGGUUCACUUUACGGGAUGAAGGUAAGACCAUUGCCAUUGGUAAGGUGCUGAAGCUCGUUGCCGAGCGGGACUGAAGAGGAUGCUGUUGCCUGAGAGUCCUGGUGAGAAGCAAAGGGGCGGAGCUUUGUCAUAAUCCGCCAACACUGUUGUCAGCGGCGACGGCAACUCCCUCACACGCCCCCUUCUGCCUGCCGAAGAUCAGCUUCAGAAAAAAACUCACGUGAAAAAGAAACCUGUUUUUAAGCAAAUGAAAAACCAAGAUGAAGUCCACACGAGUCAGCUUUCUCAUAUUGAGAGCUCAGCUAUGCCAUUUCUGGGUUAGCCCUCCACCCUGUUCUCAUCUACCUACCCUGGUCUGCUCAUGAUUAAAGAUUAUUUUUCUCUUCCAGAUUUUUUUUUUUUUUUUUUCAUCUCAUCCAUGGAAAUGAAAAAUGGCAGAAGUUAUAUCUGUAAACAGAUGUGGACCAGGUUUUGCUUGGAAUACAAACAAUGAUUUUCAAAAGUAAAUUGCAAAAGAAAUUGAAAAAAAAGUUUAACCAGUUGAAACCAAAAUGUUUAUCUUGGGUGUACAUGUCUCCCUUUGCUUUUACCCACUUUUUGGUUUCUCAUAUGGCGUUCUGGCAGUGUGCUUGAGCGUGUUCAAAUGUUAUUAAAGCAAACUACUAUGACAAUAAAAUAUUAAAUUGGGAA